CUGGUUCCUCCUCCUCCUGCUGCUAGUAGUAUAAGCUUUUCCCCUUUGGCCUAUUUUAUUAUCACUCGGGGAAGACACACUCUCCUCUUCUGUUCUAUACUUCAGUUCCAGUUUGUUUCUCACUUUCCUUUGCCCUAAAAACUAGACUAUCAUUAGAUCUAGGGUUAGCGGUGAAGUAUUAUCGGAAUGAUGAUUUCAGCACAAACUCCUGAUAUAAUGGGAGAUCGGCAGUCCGGCCAGGAUGUCAGAACUCAAAAUGUGGUGGCUUGUCAAGCUAUUUCAAAUAUCGUCAAAUCUUCACUCGGACCUGUUGGAUUAGACAAAAUGCUUGUUGAUGAUAUCGGUGAUGUGACAAUUACCAACGAUGGUGCUACUAUUCUGAAGAUGUUAGAAGUUGAACAUCCAGCUGCUAAGGUACUUGUAGAGUUGGCAGAGCUUCAAGAUCGAGAAGUUGGAGAUGGGACUACUUCUGUUGUUAUUGUUGCUGCAGAAUUGCUCAAGAGAGCAAAUGAGCUGGUCAAGAAUAAGAUACACCCAACAUCUAUAAUCAGUGGAUACAGACUCGCAAUGAGAGAAGCAUGCAAGUAUGUGGAAGAAAAACUGGCAGUGAAGGUUGAAAAGCUUGGGAAAGAUUCACUUAUAAACUGCGCAAAGACAAGCAUGUCCUCUAAACUUAUUUCUGGUGACAGUGACUUCUUUGCGAAUUUGGUUGUAGAUGCAGUUCAAGCAGUGAAGACAACAAAUGUCCGAGGAGAAAUCAGAUACCCAAUCAAGGGCAUUAAUAUUCUAAAAGCUCAUGGUCAAAGUGCAAAGGAUAGCUAUUUGCUGAAGGGUUAUGCUCUUAAUACUGGUCGUGCUGCACAAGGAAUGCCGACUAGAGUUUCUCCUGCAAGAAUUGCAUGUCUUGACUUUAAUCUUCAAAAGACAAAGAUGCAGAUGGGUGUACAAGUCUUGGUCAGUGACCCUAGGGAGCUUGAAAAGAUUCGUCAGAGAGAAGCUGACAUGACGAAAGAGCGCAUUGAAAAACUUCUGAAAGCAGGAGCCAAUGUUGUCCUAACAACAAAAGGAAUAGAUGACAUGGCACUCAAGUACUUUGUGGAAGCUGGAGCAAUUGCAGUAAGGCGUGUUCGUAAAGAAGAUUUGCGUCAUGUCGCCAAAGCUACUGGUGCAACUGCGGUCUCUACGUUUGCUGACAUGGAAGGAGAAGAAACAUUUGAUCCAUCACUUCUUGGAUAUGCAGAUGAAGUUGUCGAAGAGCGCAUUUCUGAUGAUGACGUUAUUAUGAUUAAAGGAACCAAGAACAAUAGUGCUGUUUCGUUAAUCCUCAGAGGUGCAAAUGACUACAUGCUAGAUGAGAUGGAAAGAGCAUUGCAUGAUGCUUUGUGCAUUGUUAAGAGGACCCUUGAGUCCAAUGUGGUGGUUGCUGGGGGAGGUGCUGUAGAGUCAGCAUUAUCCGUGUAUUUAGAAUAUCUUGCAACAACAUUAGGAUCACGAGAACAGCUGGCAAUAGCAGAGUUUGCUGAAGCUCUUUUGAUCAUUCCAAAGGUUCUUUCUGUAAAUGCUGCCAAGGAUGCCACUGAGUUGGUUGCAAAACUUCGGGCUUACCACCAUACUGCACAAACUAAGGCAGACAAGCAGCAUCUUUCAAGCAUGGGUCUGGAUCUUACAAAUGGAACAACACGUAACAAUCUAGAAGCUGGUGUUAUUGAACCUGCAAUGAGCAAAGUGAAGAUAAUACAGUUUGCAACGGAAGCAGCAAUAACUAUUCUUCGAAUAGAUGACAUGAUCAAGCUUGUCAAAGAUGAGGGCGAGGAGUAAUAAUAGGGCUGAUGUUAUGACGGAGCACAGAUGGAGGUCUACCUCACCGUUUUUGAUAGUUAGAGAUCUACCUCACCAUUUUCUAGUUGAACUCUGGUUUAAAGUUACACACUCCAAGUAUCUCUGGUUUGAAGUGGUUGUAAAAUUUGUUUAUGGGCAAAUUAAGAAAUUGACCAGCUUCCGAGCAUACAAUUAAUAAACCGGCCAGAAUUUCAAAUUCUUUUAUAAAAUGGCCUUUCCGUUAGA